CAAGCAAAGGUUUGUUGCUGGAAACACAUUGCAGUUCUGUUUCAGUCCGCUAGUUCCCUGACAGAGCUUCAUAUCACAGAGCUGCAUCAGGAGCCCAUGAACCCCACUCAAGGACUUUCACUUUAUCGAGAUGCUGGAUGCUCUUGGCUUUGGCGUGUAUAUUUGUCCUCAUACGAAACACUUGGAAAUAUUUCAGAGGUUCCAGGGCUUCAGUUAGUUUUUAAUUGUUUGGAUCUCACCUGUUUGAGCAAGUUUUUCCCCGCACAGUUCUGCUGUUAUAAUAUUACUCCUGGGAUUUAGAAAUGGAAACUGGAGAUGCUCAUCUAAACGAGAGACCAGCGAACCAAACGAAGCUUGAUGUUUGCUCUACAACUUUGCCUUAACAAUACUGGGAUUAACCGAUUUGGAUAUAUUUGAGGGAUAUACGCUAUGGAAAUGCAAUUUUUAACAGUAUUUUGUCUGCUCGUUUGUUGUGAACUCGCGCGUAGGAAUAACGCGGCAGAUUUAACGUCAAAAAUCGUUUCAUCCUUUAAAGUGCGUGAAAUCAUCACAGACAGCCGUGAACGACGUGUAACUUUAAAUAAGAUCAGUUAUGACACGGGUAAGGAGUCUAAAGAUGUGCUUUCAUCGAGCAGGACCACUAUAAACUUAAUGCCGGUGAAUGGGAGCGAUAACACAACUGAGAGAGCAUCUUCCAGACAAAAGUACGAAAAACAUUAUCCAACGUUAAUGGACAAAUAUAACAAAACAACAUCAUUUCUGAAGGAAACAGACGGCGAAAUUCGCGUUAAAAGGCGUUUUCGUCGACAGGAAAGACGCCAGACGACGACGCGAAACGAGCCUGACAGGAAUCAAACCAUGAAAUCGCCAGAUAAUGAACUUGAACGCGUGGAGUCAUUGCCUAAACCUUUAUCGCAGAUCCAGCCUACUGACUUUCCCACUGAGCUCACGUCUAUCCCUGAAUGGGGCACCUCACCUGUGGAGGACUAUGAGGAAGUCUUCACCCCGUUCAUUCCCUUUAAUACACGGUCAAAAACUCCGGGGGUGAUGAACCCGUUUUACCCCAUGACAGGUGAAUCGUACGGUGCAUACGCUGUCAUGUGCAUCUCCAUCCUCAUUUUCACUGUGGGGAUUGUUGGGAAUGUAGUAAUCAUGUGCAUAGUGUGCCACAAUUACUACAUGAGAAGCAUUUCAAACUCCUUGCUGGCCAACCUCGCUCUUUGGGAUUUUGUCAUCCUGUUUUUCUGCUUGCCACUUGUUGUAUUCCAUGAACUCACUAAGGAUUGGCUCCUUGGGGAAUUCUCCUGUAAAAUCAUUCCAUACAUUGAGGUGGCGUCUUUAGGAGUAACUACCUUCACUCUUUGUGCUUUGUGCAUUGACCGUUUCCGUGCCGCAAGCAACGUCCAGAUGUACUACGAGAUGAUCGAGAACUGCACCUCCACUACAGCCAAGCUGACCGUGAUCUGGCUGGGUGCUUUGCUCCUCGCCCUGCCCGAGCUCCUCAUCCGGCAGCUGGUGAAAGAGGAGCGUGAGCCUCCGGAGGUGAUACCCUGCGAACAUUGCGUAGUCCGAAUCUCCACGGCUCUCCCAGACACUCUUUACGUGCUCGGACUCACCUACAACAGUGCACGCCUGUGGUGGUACUUCGGCUGCUACUUCUGCCUGCCAACCCUCUUCACCAUCAUCAGCUCGGUGGUGACCGCACGCAAAAUCCGCAAAGCUGAGCGCACCAGCGUCCGAGGCAACCGCAAACAGAUCCAACUGGAAAGCCAAAUGAACUGCAUCGUGGUUGCUUUGGCUAUCCUGUACGGCUUUUGUGUCAUACCGGAGAACAUCAGCAACAUCGUAUCAGUGUACAUGGCUUCAGGCGUGCCACGUCGUACACUGGAUAUCCUGCAUCUGGUGAGUCAGAUGAUGCUGUUCUGCAAGUCUGCGGUUACGCCCAUCCUGCUUCUGGUGCUCUGUCGGCCCUUCAGCAAAGCCUUCCUGGAUUGCUGUUGCUGCUGUUUUGAGGAGUGCGGCCCGCCAAAGUCCUCCGAGCCCGACAGUGAUGACAAUGAUCAGGACGGCACCACCGAGCUGGAGCUUUCACCCUACAGCACCGUAGUCCACAGGGAUCCAUCUACCUUCCCAAUAGCGGGAACGCAUUGCUAAGGGCUAAACAACACCAAGUGCUUAGAUUUAUUAAAUAAACCAGAUGUUAUUUUCACAGGCUGUGCAGUUUCUGUUUAUACUCUACUUUGUUAUGGUAGAGAUGCCCACAAACUGGAUAUUUUACUUUGUGAAAAUAGGGACAACAAGCCACAUUUA